AUGUCAAAUCACCUUGAUGAAGUUUCCAAAAAAAUUAAUUCUACUAAGAUUCGCAAUUUUUCAAUUAUCGCUCACAUUGAUCAUGGAAAAUCUACUUUGGCCGACCGUCUACUAGAAAAAACUAACCUAAAAAAUAGCAAUAAAUCCUUAGAAAGAGUGCUCGAUAGCCUCUCCCUUGAACAAGAAAAAGGAAUUACUAUUAAGUUAAAUGCAGUUCAAUUAUACUAUCCUCCUGAAAGUUUUGAACCUUAUGUCUUUAAUCUCAUUGAUACUCCCGGACAUGUCGAUUUUAUGUAUGAAGUUUCCCGUUCUUUAGCCGCUUGUGAAGGAGUUAUUUUAUUAGUAGAUGCAACUAAAGGUAUUCAAGCUCAAACCCUGGCUUAUUAUGAAAUCGCUAAAAGCCUUAACUUAAAGAUUUUGCCAGUAAUUAAUAAAAUUGAUUUGCCAUCGGCUCAGUUAACAGCCACCGAAAACCAACUAGUUGAAUUACUGAAUUGCCAAGUUAGUGACAUAGUUUUAAUUUCGGCCAAAACCGGUCUAAAUAUAGAUUUAUUAUUAAAAAAAAUUAUCGCUGAUAUCCCCCCGCCUUUACGGCAAGGAAAAAAAGAAAAAUAUAUUGAAAGCCUCUUUUCAGAAAAUUUAGAAAACAUUUUUCCUGAUUUAAUUCCUUUAAAACAACAAUGCUCGCUUAAACACCCCGUAGAAAAUAAAAAUUGUAUAGUAGAUACCAUAGCAUUCAAUAAAAGAGAUAAUACUUUUUUAAUCAUUGAAUUUAAAAGAGAAAAAGCAGCCGACUUAGUUUAUCAAGUAGAAGAAUAUAUGGAAUGCUUAGAAGAUGAAAGCGACAAAACUGUUUUUCGCAAUCGGCAUAAGUUGUUAAGACUUUUAGAUAGCAAUGAAGUAUUAAGAAAAAAGAGAAAAGAUAAUUAUUGGGAAGAGGAAGAAAUUAAUUGA